ACGGUGGCCCGGCCUAGUUCCCAUCCCUUCUCGGUCCCACUUUUGCGCUUUCGCACAUGGGGGGACGUUCUGUCCUGUCCACUUGGCGGGCGCUAACCCUGUCCCCCAAAUCCUUGUAGAGAGUCUAGAUCCCCACCUCCCAAACCUGGAGUACUUUGUCGCGGGGUUAGCACUGGCACCGUGUCGGCACCGCACUACAUGCUAUCAAUCUCUCAAGUCCUGCGGUGACUCCAAGUUUGCUAACUUCGUGUUUGGGUAACUGAAGGGGUUCUAGGAGUCCGGCCAGAAGGAGACUUCAGGUUUGGAGGGACUGCGAGCGAGCGACACCCCUCCCUCCUCCCCAGAGGCCACUGUCCCGGAGGCAGCAGCUGCAGCAGCGGCAACUGCUCGCAUCCCAGCCCGGCUCCGGUUACUACUUUCCUCCUCCAGCAUCUCCAGCCAGACAGGGAAAACCUUGUUCAAGUUUGCAGCAGGACUCGGUCUGUGUGCGAAACUGGGGCUCGAGAACCGGACCCCUUCCCUGAGCCCCCAUCUUCCGAGCCUAAACAAGAGCCACAAACAUCGCUUUCUUCUGGGACUCUGCUUGGAGGCCAGCGGCGCUGUUGAGAACAGAUUUUGAAUCUGGGCUGGAGUGGGUGAAGACCAGUGGAAAACAGGUUGCGCUGCCAAUUGCAGCAUCUCAGGACCCGAUUGUUCUUCCAAGAAAAUGGCCAUUUCUUCAAACUCAUGCCUGGGUGUCAUCUGUUCCUUGUUGUGUUGUUGGAUGAGGACAACAUCCUCUCUGAACCUGGAAGACCCCAAUGUAUGCAGCCACUGGGAAAGCUACUCGGUGACCGUGCAGGAGUCGUACCCGCAUCCCUUUGAUCAGAUUUACUACACGAGCUGCACCGACAUCCUGAACUGGUUCAAAUGCACGCGGCACAGAAUCAGUUACCGGACGGCCUACCGCCAUGGGGAGAAAACUAUGUAUAGGCGGAAAUCGCAGUGCUGCCCCGGAUUUUAUGAGAACCAGGACAUGUGUGUCCCUCACUGUGCUGAUAAAUGUGUCCACGGCCGCUGCAUCGCUCCAAACACCUGUCAGUGUGAGCCCGGCUGGGGCGGGACCAACUGUUCCAGUGCUUGCGACGGUGAUCACUGGGGGCCGCACUGCAGUAGCCGGUGCCAGUGCAAGAAUGGAGCGUUGUGCAACCCCAUCACCGGGGCUUGCCACUGCGCUGCAGGCUACCGGGGAUGGCGCUGCGAGGACCGGUGUGAACAGGGUACCUACGGUAAUGACUGUCACCAGAGAUGUCAGUGCCAGAACGGAGCGACCUGCGACCACAUCACCGGGGAAUGCCGUUGUUCACCGGGAUACACUGGGGCCUUUUGUGAAGAUCUUUGUCCCCCUGGCAAACAUGGGCCACAGUGUGAGCAGCGAUGUCCCUGCCAGAAUGGAGGUGUCUGCCAUCAUGUAACUGGAGAGUGCUCUUGCCCUUCUGGCUGGAUGGGCACAGUGUGUGGUCAGCCCUGCCCUGAGGGUCGCUUUGGAAAGAAUUGUUCCCAAGAAUGCCAGUGCCACAACGGAGGAACGUGUGACGCUGCUACAGGCCAAUGUCACUGCAGCCCAGGAUACACCGGGGAACGGUGUCAGGACGAAUGUCCUGUCGGGACCUAUGGAGCAGGCUGUGCAGAGACCUGCAGGUGUGUUAACGGAGGGAAGUGCUAUCACGUGAGUGGAGCAUGCCUGUGUGAAGCAGGCUUCGCCGGCGAGCUUUGUGAGGCGCGCCUAUGUCCCGAAGGGCUCUACGGCAUCAAAUGUGACAAGCGGUGCCCCUGCCACCUGGACAACACUCAUAGCUGUCAUCCUAUGUCUGGAGAGUGUGGCUGCAAGCCGGGCUGGUCUGGACUCUACUGUAACGAAACAUGCUCUCCUGGAUUCUAUGGGGAAACUUGCCAACAGAUCUGCAGCUGCCAGAAUGGGGCUGACUGUGACAGUGUGACGGGAAGGUGCGCCUGCGCCCCAGGAUUCAAAGGAAUCAACUGCUCUACCCCGUGUCCACUGGGAAGCUAUGGGAUAAACUGUUCCUCUCGCUGUCGCUGUAAAAACGAUGCUGUCUGUUCUCCUGUGGAUGGCUCUUGUAUCUGUAAAGCAGGCUGGCACGGGGUAGACUGUUCCAUCAGCUGUCCCAGUGGCACUUGGGGUUUUGGCUGUAACUUAACAUGUCAGUGCCUCAACGGGGGUGCCUGCAACACCCUGGAUGGGACCUGCACCUGCGCUCCUGGAUGGCGGGGGAAGAAAUGUGAACUUCCCUGCCAGGAUGGCACAUACGGGCUAAACUGUGCUGAGCGCUGUGACUGCAGCCAUGCAGAUGGCUGCCAUCCUACCACAGGCCACUGCCGCUGCCUCCCUGGAUGGUCAGGUGUGCACUGUGACAGUGUGUGCGCCGAGGGACGCUGGGGUCCUAACUGCUCGCUGCCCUGCCAUUGUAAAAAUGGGGCUUCUUGUUCUCCUGACGACGGCAUCUGUGAAUGCGCACCCGGAUUCCGAGGCACCUCUUGUCAGAGAAUCUGCUCCCCGGGGUUUUACGGACAUCGCUGUAGCCAGACAUGCCCACAGUGUGUGCACAGCAGCGGGCCCUGCCACCACAUCACAGGCCUGUGUGACUGCUUGCCUGGCUUCACGGGAGCCCUGUGCAAUGAAGUGUGUCCCAGUGGCAGAUUUGGGAAAAACUGUGCGGGCGUUUGCACCUGCACCAACAAUGGCACCUGCAACCCCAUCGACAGGUCCUGUCAGUGCUACCCAGGCUGGAUCGGCAGUGACUGCUCUCAGCCCUGUCCGCCUGCCCACUGGGGUCCCAACUGCAUCCACACCUGCAACUGCCACAACGGAGCCUUUUGCAGCGCCUAUGACGGGGAAUGCAAAUGCACUCCAGGAUGGACGGGGCUCUACUGCACGCAGAGAUGCCCUCUGGGGUUUUACGGCAAGGACUGUGCACUGAUAUGCCUGUGUCAGAAUGGAGCAGACUGCGACCACAUCUCAGGGCAGUGUACCUGCCGCACGGGAUUCAUGGGACGGCACUGUGAGCAGAAAUGCCCGGCGGGAACAUACGGCUAUGGCUGUCGCCAGAUUUGUGACUGUCUGAACAACUCCACCUGUGACCACAUCACUGGCACCUGCUACUGCAGCCCAGGAUGGAAAGGAGCACGCUGUGAUCAAGCUGGUGCCAUCAUUGUGGGCAACCUGAACAGCUUAAGCCGCACCAGCACCGCCCUUCCCGCUGAUUCCUAUCAGAUCGGCGCCAUCGCGGGCAUCAUCAUCCUGGUCCUUGUGGUGCUCUUCCUGCUGGCACUGUUCAUUAUCUACAGACACAAGCAGAAGAGGAAGGAGUCCAGCAUGCCGGCGGUGACCUACACCCCUGCCAUGAGGGUCAUCAAUGCAGAUUAUACCAUUGCGGAAACCCUGCCCCACAGCAACGGUGGAAAUGCCAACAGCCACUACUUCACCAACCCCAGCUACCACACACUCAGCCAGUGUGCCACAUCCCCUCAUGUCAACAACAGGGACAGGAUGACCAUUGCCAAGUCGAAAAACAACCAACUCUUUGUGAAUCUUAAAAACGAGAAUCCAGGGAAGAGAGGUGCCUUGGUGGACUGCACGGGGACGCUGCCAGCCGACUGGAAGCAAGGUGGCUACCUCAAUGAGCUUGGCACUUUCGGACUCGAGAGAAGUUACAUGGGGAAGUCCUUAAAAGAUCUGGGAAAGAACUCUGACUAUAAUUCCAGUAACUGUUCCCUAAACAGCUCUGAAAACCCGUACGCCACAAUUAAAGACCCACCUGCACUCUUGCCUAAAAGCUCCGAGUGUGGGUAUGUGGAGAUGAAGUCACCUGCACGGAGAGACUCCCCAUAUGCGGAGAUCAAUAACUCAACUUCGGCCAACAGGAAUGUCUACGAAGUUGAACCUACAGUGAGCAUUGUUCAAGGAGUAUUCAGCAAUAAUGGUCCUCUCACCCAAGAUCCAUAUGACCUUCCAAAGAACAGUCACAUCCCUUGCCAUUAUGACCUGCUGCCAGUAAGGGACAGUUCAUCCUCCCCCAAGACAGAGGAUGGUGGUGGUGGUGGCGGCAGUGGCAGUGGCAGCUGCAAUAGCAGCAGCAGUAGCAGCAGUAGCAGCAGCAGCAGUGGCAGCGGCAGCAGCGGCAGCAGUGAAUGACAUCCAAGGUCUUCUGGGUGAGCGCUGGAACUCUUUCCAGGCCCGCUGUUGAGGUUGCCAUCUCCCAGCUGAUGCUGCAGAUGAAGUGAACUAAUCCAAGAAGCAGUUGUUGGACACAUACCAGAAAGCUCCAGGCUGAGGCCGACGCCCAGCACGGUGUGUUGCAAACAGGUGGUCUGGAAGGAGAGAACUUCACCAUUUCGCAUUGCGGUUAGGUUAGGAGCUGUUUUAAGAUGUUAGCUGAUGGGAUGAACUUGGCAAAACCUUUCAGAGACACAGGCUUGAGGGGACACUGUAAUUAUCCCUGGAAAAUUAGAAUCGAUAUGUUGUCCUUGACACCACAGAGACACCCCUAGGAUUGUUCAGGUUACCACACAUUUACUUAAUGACGAUGAAAAUGACUAACCAUGUAGGAGGCAAGGAACAUAGUCCUGAGUCCUCCUGCAUGUUUUUCCAUUUGGACUCAGUUUCGUAGGCAUUGUAUGAUCAUUGGAGGAAGAAGUCCGUUGGGCAGUAAAAUUGCGUCAACUUCUAAUAAGCACUAGCAAUGGGAACAAAUCUAAAUGCAAAAUGUUUUUAGAACAAGAAAUGUACAAUUAAAAUUAUUUUAGAUAUAGCAUAAGCAUUGGAGAAACCAAUGCAUAAAUGUGAUAUUUCUGUUUGACCUUUGGCCCAUGUUAGAUUCAUGACAUCAUUCUAAUUGCUGUCUCCGCCAUGCAUAUUUACACAUCAGAUUCACACCUUAUCAGUUAUUCAUAAAUACAAAGAUGCAAUUGUUUUAUUUUUGAUUGAGUGAGUGUGUGAGGAGUGUCAGAGGGUGUACAUUUAAGUGUAAGUUGCUUGGGUGUGAUAAACCUUUAGUAAUACAUGCUGUAAUAUAGACUUAGAGGACUGUUACCCUUAAUUUUUCCCUAGAAGCGAUUGAAAUAUUUUUGGUCAUAUUUGGGAAAAGGGCACUUUCCUUAUUAAUUGUUGAUUUAGAGAAACUAUGCUUAAGCUGGCCUUUUGCAUUGCUAAUGUGACAUGUACCUAUGCCCCUUUAGUUUGUAUUUUCAUUAAGUUGUAUAUUCUGUGUUUGAUAGUGUUUGGAUUGUUAAAUUGCAGGAAUCUGCCGUGGCCAUUGUUUGUUGCGUCAUUGCCAUUCAUUUUUUGCUCGAUACAAAUCCGUUGUUUUUCUUUUGGAGGGAGGAAAUGAAAAUAUACAAUUUGGACCUAUUAAACUGGCUGUUCCUACAAUAGUAUAGUAGCCAUAGGUACACAGCAGAUCACUGGAAUGGAACUUUCUAGAGUCCACAGUGGAGCUCUUCUUUCUGUGGUUAAACUCAGGAAGGAGUGGAUACUACAGGUGACGGUACUAAAGACUUCCAUCACGGUUGUUGACAACUGACCAUCUAAACUGGAACACUUUUUGUAGUAAAUGCAGGCAUGACUAGAACUCAUCCUGUAUUGGUUUCAAUGUGGGCUGUUUCCUGCAGACAGAGGCUGCAGAACAGAGGCUUGCCCGGCGCACACUAUUGCAGACACAUCUUUACCCCAGGGCUUUCAUCUCGUGAGAACACCAAUGUGAUAUGGGAAAGCAUUGCCACACACGAGCCCGCAGAGGAGGGGAAAGGCGAUGUAAUAUCAUAACAGAAUGCUGCAGUCGCUGAUGUUCUAAAGAUAGGAAACCCUUCGUGGCCCUCUGCUGGAGUCCAUUGAUAACGGCCUGCUCCAUGCCUGUCUACUAGCAGAAGCCAUAAAGUAUUGUCCUGGUCAGUCUUCCACGGGGAACAUCCAGUCAUUUUGCAUGCUAUAUCUGUGUCUGUCGUGAUGGGUUAAUUUGGUCAGGUGAAUAAUAAAUCUGCUACAAACACACUUAGGGCAGUUUCUCUUUUAUUAGCUGGAGCAUACUUUAGAAACAAUUGAUUUUUUCCCAGUAGUUAAGCAUUGACUGCUCCCUAGGGAACAAACGUCAGACAGACACAUGGGUUAGCAGCCACAGGAGUCCUUCCUGGUUAUAAAUAAACAAAAAAGAUGAGCACUUGCCCUUUUUCUUUUUGAGCAUGAGGGUAAGUUUGAGGUUCCCUGUUACUCUCUGGAGAUCAGUUUUUAUCUUUCAUUCUACCAUUUGGGGGGAAAAAAGAAAGCUUUGUAUGCAAAGGCCUACAAGGAAAGCCUACGGAGCAGAGGAAGACUCCAAAUGGCCGGCAGCAGCAAGCUACUCUGUAGAGUCCGACUGAGACCUGUAUCCUAGACCCACAUCCUAACACAAGCCGUUGUCCUGCCCUGGAUCUAAGGCAGCACUUACCUAGCAGUUUCUGUGAGACUUUUCCUAAGUCAGAACACUUCAGAAUUCAGACAUUAUAAAUCCCACGUUCGUUGUCUUUGGGGAAAAAUCUAUUUUCUAGAUGUUUUGCUGUAAUCUCUCUCCAGUUUCCUGUGGCAGAAAGAAAAAUGCACCGAAUGAGUCAGCGAGGCCUUGCAUGAGACAGCCGUAUGAGAAUGUGACGCCAGCCACUACUCUUUGCUAGAAGUCAAUGUUUUAAAAUUUCUCUCGUUCACUGCAUUUGUACAGCGUUUCAUCCAAACUUGUCCAAGUGAUAACACGUAUACUUGCUUUCGUUAGGAGAAUAUGAUAAUUGUGGUUAGUUGUAUGAUAAGGAAAUUUUCAUAAUUAUUCACAGUGUUAGACAUGCGCCCCUCCCUGUAGAGUACUAGUAGCAGCCAGAAUUCAAUGUGUUUAGCAAUGUUUCUGUGGGUAUGGACCAGGUACAGAAAAACUGACCUUAGAAGCUUGUAACAGAGCAACACAGGGUGCCAUAGCCAAAUCCAUCAGCAUAGUGACCGCUGACUAGAGAAAUGCAGGCUAUUCUAUGGAAAUAUGGUCAUUUGGACCUCAGUGGGCUGUAACAGUGGUCGGUCUGUUUUCAACCAAAAAUCAAAGUCAAACAUAAGUGUCAUAAUACCACCACUAAUUCACAUUGCUAUUAGAGCUCUACAGUUCAAAUAAGACAAAAAUCAUAACAGUUAAUUUGGGGGCUGUGGUUUUAAAAUAAUGAAUGUUCCAUCUCUGGGUAACAUGUCCUUAGUAUUUCAAUGAAACACUUAAGGGCUAUUUUUAUUUUAAAGUUUUAAUGCCAUGGACAUGUCCAGAAGCUUGGUGUGAAGUGGUUGGUUACGAAGCAGGGGACGACACACAGCAAGCUGCCCCCAUAGAGCCCUGUUCGUUAUUUUGUCUCAGUUUUGUUUUGAUAUGACCAAAUUGCAAAGUAUCUCUAUAUAUUUUAAAAGGAAAAAAUUCCAACUGCAGUCUGGUUUACUUGGUAAUGGCAAACAAAAUUAACGCUUUGAGUGUUAGGCUAUCUCUCUUUUCCAAAGAUGACAAACCUCCUCAGCAUUGGUUCUGCUGUCAUUUCUUUUUUUUUUUUUUACACCCCAGCCCCUGCUGUCAUUUAUUCUGCCAAGUAGGUUUAU